AUGCAACUGACCCGAUGCCUCCUUUGGGUGUGUCCCUUAUCUGUGGUACUGAUUCACGAUGUCUUUGCUGCUAAAAACAACCAUUGCCCGCCUUUGGGGCCAGUCCUUCCAGUACCGACAAGCCCGAACUCACAUCCAGCCGUACAAUCAGCAGUGAGCAUGCUACAGGAAACCAUUGACAACAUCACAGCGACUUUCAAUAGCACAGCGCUAUCAAUAGGUGUAAAGUCUAUUCACGAGAUGGCACCACUUGUCGAUUCUCACUACACACCACCGGUGUUAGAUCCACGUGGAACAUCGCAUAUCGAUGCGUCAACUGCCUAUCGGAUCAAUGGCGUGUCUAAAGUAAUCCUAAUGAUAGCUCUCAAGGCCUCUGGUGCCCGCUGGGAAGAUCCUGUCACCAACUAUCUACCACGGCUUAGAGAACUGAGGAAGCAGCAGGUUAGCACGGUAGAUCCGAUUACGACUGUUAACUGGGACGAUAUCACGGUCUGGGCUCUAGCAACGCACACUAGUGGAAUCGGAUCAGAUUUGAUAAGGGACAUGGGUAGUUUCCCUGUCAAUUGGACUAAGCUUGGGCUUCCUCCAACUCAUGAAAAGGUUAACUGCGGUAUACUCGGUAGCCUUCCUCCUUGCCAUGAACAAGACUUUUGGGAUAACUUCGGGAAGCGAUCCCCUGUCUUCGAUCCGUAUACCAGUCCCUUAUAUUCGAAUACGGCUUUCUACAUACUUAGCCUAGUCAUCGAGGCUAUUGCCGGCUACCCCUAUAGUAAAUUCGUUAAGAAGCACGUCUUAGAACCAAUCGGUACACGAGACACCACAUCCGCGAAACCCAACGAUAACUUAGGUGCCAUCAGCCUCAAUGAUACGUUCUGGAACGCUACUUUAGGAAUUGAUGAACCUGCUGCGGGGUAUUAUUCUAGCACGCAAGAUCUUCUCGUCCUUGGCGAGGCAAUCUUAACACACAGGUUUGCAUCACCAAGGGAUACACGACGGUGGUUCGCUCCCGCGACGUUCACCUCAUCUGUAGGAACGUUUAUCGCCGCGCCGUGGGAAAUAAUUCGCGCCAAUAAUGUGACUUCAGAUCAGCGCCUAGUCCAAUUCAAUACUAAAGCCGGCAGCGGCGGCACUUACCACUCAAUGUUUGCCAUAGUUCCCGAUUACGACCUCGUAGUCAGCAUCCUAACGUCAGGGCCCGAGAGUAGUAAUAACCUCGUGCAACAGUUAUUCUCACAAGUCAUCACAACUUUGCUUCCAGCUGUUGAGUCGGCUGGAAAGGACGAAGCCCAGACCGCUUUCGCGGGUACCUACACGAAUGAAGAGACGAACUCCACACUUACGCUCAGUGUAGAUGACGAAGGCCCAGGACUCAAUAUAACGGAGUGGAUUGUUCGCGGCACUGACAUCCCUUCUCAUUGGCUCAACUAUACAUCUGGUAUAUCGAGCGAUCUCUCGAACAUAUAUACCUCAACACGACUGUACCCCACCGGCCUAACCACCGGGUUACGGACGUCCUGGCGUGUAGCUGUUGAUCUAGGGACGCCCGACGAAAUUGCACAAGCCAAUGCGCAGCUCUUCUGGCCGCAGAGCAAUUGUGUAGCAUGGGCUACGAUGGACAGACUUGUGUACGAGUACCGUGCGCUCGAUGAGAUGAUUUUUGACUCGGUCGUCGGUGACUCGGGAUUUGUUGCUGCUAAUGUUGAGUUGGUCGGAUUUCAAACCACGCUACAGAGAGUUACACCAUAUCAAAACACGAACGAAUUGUAA